GCUGCACCUAGAGACUCCGCUGGGUCAGGCUGAGGGUGCAGGCUGCUCCAACCGGCUUCCCAAGGAAAAGAGCUCAAGUAAAUAAUUGAUGGAGAUUGAUCGGACCCGAGACAAAGCUUUGCAGGAAGCCAAGGCAUCCGAUUUUAAGCGGUCUUGGAUUCUUCUGCCAAGUACAGGAAAUGGAAAUGGAGAGAGGAAUUUGAUGAGCCAGGCUGAAUAAUUCUGCAUCUCGGGCGUGGCUCUGGCCUUUUUGCCUUUUUGCCUCCCACCCGCUACCCAGUCUCCCCAUCCUUCUCUUUCUUCUUUAAACAGCCACUCCGGUUACUUCUCUCCUGUUCUCCCUUCAAUCCCGCCCUCUUUCCAGCCCAGUCCGGUGAGGUCAGCUCAUGAAUACCGCUGCACUUCCUGGGGAGAGUCUGGCACUGCUUGGCACCCCGGGUAUUGCCUGCUGCAUUUGCAGCCCAGCCAGUCAAGCACCCCGGCUAGGAGUCAACUCCCAGAGCUCCGAGUCUUUGUGGUUGUCGCCUUUGUUCGGAGAAACAGUGUGGGUGUGGAUCCCGUGCAAGCAAGCGCGCCCAGCAAGAAAUUCGCCUAUAACACUACGAAGUUGAACUUUCUCUGAAAGGUAGAAAAACAAAGUCGGAGGUCCCUGGCUUCCUGGAAGCAAAAGCCACGGCAGAGACGUGAGAUCUUCUGGAUUUCUAAAGACACGAAGAGAAACGGGCUUACACAGGAAGGUUGGUGGCAGAAAGGAGAGAAGAAGAUGAUCUAGAGAUGGACGCUUCCAAGUGGCAUCCAGUAGGUUCUUUCUAGACUGCCAUGAGUCAGCCACCGUCCGGGGGCGCUGCCCCAGCCGCAACCUCAGCUUCUGCCGCCGCCGCAGCCACGGAGGCUCGCAUGCACCCAGAAGGCUGCAGCAGAAAGCAGCAGCGAGCUCAAUCACCCGCUAGGCCUAGGGACAAUUCUCUUCGUCAGACCGCCGGGGCCACGCGGUCCCCGCUUGGGGUCAGCCCUAAACUCAAUUCUGUUCGGCAGCAGCAGCUGCUGCAGCAGCAACAGCAGGGUAAUAAGAUAACCGGUCGGAGCACCUCCGGGACCGGCUCCAGAGGACUCGGAGGCGGGGCGGAGAAGGCGGCGCCCUCCAUACCCAAAGGGGCUGUUCCCGGAGCUGUCCAACCCGCGCCUGGUGCUGAAGGGUCCCCCGCGGCGAUCCUGGCCGCUGUGAGCUGCAGGAGGUCCGGACAGCCGGAAGAGGCAUCCCGGGAAAUAGAAUCGGGGCCCUCGAAAGUCGGGGAACCCCCUCCGCUCGGGGGAGUAGGAGGGGGCGGGGAAGGAGGAGGAGCCGGCGGUGGCCCGGGGGACCGGGAGGGGGGCGCUCCGCAGCCGCCGCCGCCCAGGGGUUGGCGAGGGAAAGGCAUCCGCGCGUCGCAGAGGGGUAGCAGCGGUGCGGAGGGAGUCUCCCCUUCACCACCCACCUCUGCUACGAGCAAAACCCCCGGCCCAGGUAGCAGAAACUCGGGUAGCGGCAGCACAGGGAGCGGCAGCGGUGGUGGAGGGAGCUACUGGAAGGAGGGAUGUCUGCAGUCUGAGCUCAUCCAGUUCCAUCUCAAGAAGGAGCGGGCGGCGGCGGCGGCGGCCGCGGCUCAGAUGCACACUAAAAACGGUGGCGGCGGUAGCCGCAGUUCCCCGGUCUCCGGCGCUCCAGCCAUCUGUGAGCCUCUUGUAGUCCCCUCCUCCUCCCCAAUGGCGGCUGCAGCCGAGGGCCCCCAGCAGGGCGCAGAGGGCAACGGUAGCGGCGGGGCCAUGCAGGCAGCUGCUCCCCCUUCGUCCCAGCCGCACUCGCAGCAGCUCCAAGAGCAAGAAGAUAUGCAGGAGGAGAUGGAGAAGCUGAGGGAAGAGAACGAGACUCUCAAGAACGAGAUCGAUGAGCUGAGGACGGAGAUGGACGAGAUGAGGGAUACUUUCUUCGAGGAGGAUGCCUGUCAACUGCAGGAAAUGCGCCAUGAGUUGGAGAGAGCCAACAAAAACUGCCGGAUUCUGCAGUACCGCCUCCGCAAAGCCGAGCGCAAAAGGCUCCGCUACGCGCAGACUGGGGAAAUUGAUGGCGAGCUGUUGCGCAGCCUGGAGCAGGAUCUCAAGGUUGCAAAGGACGUAUCCGUGAGACUUCACCAUGAAUUGGAAAAUGUGGAAGAAAAAAGGACAACAACAGAAGAUGAAAACGAGAAACUGAGGCAGCAGCUUAUCGAGGUUGAAAUUGCAAAGCAAGCCUUACAGAACGAACUGGAAAAAAUGAAGGAGUUAUCCUUAAAAAGAAGAGGAAGUAAAGAUUUGCCAAAAUCUGAAAAAAAGGCUCAGCAGACACCCACAGAGGACGACAAUGAGGAUCUCAAGUGCCAGCUACAGUUCGUUAAGGAAGAAGCUGCCCUGAUGAGAAAGAAAAUGGCCAAGAUUGAUAAGGAAAAGGACAGAUUUGAACACGAACUCCAGAAAUACAGAUCCUUCUAUGGGGAUCUAGACAGUCCUCUACCCAAAGGAGAAGCAGGGGGACCUCCCAGCACCAGGGAGGCUGAGCUCAAGCUGCGGCUGCGGCUGGUGGAGGAAGAGGCCAACAUCCUGGGCAGGAAAAUCGUGGAACUGGAGGUGGAGAACAGAGGUCUGAAGGCGGAACUGGAUGACCUGCGGGGAGAAGACUUCAAUGGCUCUUCCAACCCUCUCAUGAGGGAGCAGAGCGAGUCCUUAUCGGAGCUGCGACAGCACCUGCAGCUCGUGGAAGACGAGACCGAGCUGCUGCGGAGGAACGUGGCUGACCUGGAGGAGCAGAACAAACGCAUCACUGCGGAGCUCAACAAGUACAAGUACAAGUCCAGCGGCCACGACAGCUCGCGGCACCAUGACAGCGCCAAGACCGAGGCCCUGCAGGAGGAGCUGAAGGCAGCGCGCCUGCAGAUCAAUGAGCUGAGCGGCAAGGUUAUGCAGCUGCAGUAUGAGAACCGCGUGCUCAUGUCCAACAUGCAGCGCUACGACCUGGCCUCACACCUGGGUAUCCGUGGCAGCCCUCGCGACAGCGAUGCUGAGAGCGAUGCGGGCAAGAAGGAAAGCGAUGAUGACUCCCGGCCUCCCCAUCGCAAGCGCGAAGGGCCAAUCGGAGGUGAGAGCGACUCAGAGGAGGUGCGGAACAUCCGCUCCCUCACGCCCACCCGCUCCUUCUACCCCACACCCGGACCCUGGCCCAAGAGCUUCUCAGAUCGGCAGCAGAUGAAGGACAUCCGCUCCGAGGCCGAGCGCCUGGGCAAGACCAUCGAUCGGCUCAUCGCAGACACGAGCACCAUCAUCACAGAGGCACGCAUCUACGUGGCUAAUGGGGACCUGUUCGGACUGAUGGACGAGGAGGAUGACGGCAGUCGUAUCAGGGAGCAUGAGCUGCUCUACCGCAUCAACGCGCAGAUGAAGGCCUUCCGCAAGGAGCUACAGACCUUCAUCGACCGCCUGGAGGUGCCCAAGUCUGCAGAUGACCGCGGAGCAGAGGAGCCCAUAUCCGUGAGUCAGAUGUUCCAGCCUAUCAUUCUGCUUAUUCUUAUCCUUGUCUUAUUCUCAUCCCUGUCUUACACAACAAUAUUUAAACUUGUCUUCCUUUUUACACUGUUUUUUGUACUGUAAAAUUUCCAUCAUUUGCUGUCUGUUGUAGUGUUUUCAGUUGUUUUUAUUUUGUCCACCCUUCAAGACAAGACAUAAAAGAAGUAUCAUUUCUGUAGUAACUGAUGCUGUAAACAAA